AUGUCCGCCCUUCCCCCCAAGCGAUGGCGCGUGGGGGAGAGGGUGGAGGUUUUCCGGCAGGGGGAGGGCCUUCAGGGGGGAUGGUUCACCGCCGUACUGCUGGCGGUAGACAGAGGCACGCAGAGGGCUUCAGUGCGGUACGAGGAGACGAUGGAGGACGACGGGGUGACCAGGCUGAGUGAACACGUCAGCUUGGAUCAGAUCCGCCCCGUGCCACCUGGCAUAGAGGGAGACGACUCUGCCACGUGGGACGAGGGCCAUGCAGUGGAGGCUUGGCACAACAAUGCCUGGUGGAUCGGCAACAUCCGUGGCCAAACCACACCCGGACCUGACUCUCUCGGUGCCACUUCUGGCGCGAGGCUCAAUACCGAGGCUGAGGUGCCGGCGUUCGGAGUGUGCUUGCAGGGAUCAGAAGAGCAGAAAGCAUUUCUGGCCCGUGACCUGCGCACGAGAAUGGACUGGCUGCAGGGCGAGUGGAUACCUUUCGAGCCUGUACCUGCGGCUGCAGCUGACACAGCGUCUGCGGCUACAGCAGCUGCUGCUUCUGUGAGAGCUGCUGCUGCUGCUGCUGCUGCUGCUGCUCCUGCUGCUGCUGCCGCCGCCGCUGCUGCUUCUAGUGAACCUGGCGCCGUUGUUGCUGCUCAUGGGGAGAAAGAUCAAGGGGAGCAGCUGAACAUAUCGCAUGGGCAGGUGACAGUAGGAAAGGGUGCUGUUAUUGAAGGGCGGGCUGGCUCUGUGAGUGUGGGUGAUGCUGGUGAUUGUAAGGGAUGUGGCGGAGGAGGAGUUGUCCGAGGGGAUGGUGGAGAGAGGGAUGGCGGGGCAGAGACUGAAGUGAACAAGAAGGGUGGGGAGGAGGGUGGAGAGAAGGAUAGAGAGGAGGGUGGUAAGCAGGGUAGCGAAGAGGGAGUAUAUCAUACAGGAGGGGAGAAUUGUAGGAGGGGUGAGACGGGAGGAGUCGAGAAGGCCACUGGUCUGGCCACGAUUCUUGGCAGCUCAGCAGGUUACUGUGCGCGCCUGCUAGGCGCAGUGGGAGGGGAGGAGGUAAGGGAAGGAGUGGAAGAGAAUGGAGAAGAGGAGUUUAGGAGAAGGUGUGAUGAAAGAGCAGGUGAGGAGGGCACUGGUGUAGCCGCGAUCCUUGGCAGCACAGCAGGCAUCUUUGUGCGAAUGCAUGGUGCAGUGGGAGGGGAUGGGGUAAGGCAAGGAGUGGAGAAGAAGGGGCCGGGCCAAGGUGGAGGCUUGAAACCAGACAAGGUGGGUGGGCGUGAGUGUUCGGCAGCAGAUGACACCUGUCAGGAUGCCACCUGUCAGGUUGACACCUGUCAGGAUGGCACCUGUCAGAGUAAUCCCUGUCAGGAUGACCCGUGGGAUCUGAGUGCGACAGAUGUUGCUGUCAGUGCUGCCACUGCUCCUGCAGUGGUUGUUUACAAGCGGAGGAAGACGGUUCAGGGAUGGCUGGGAACGAACCUGGCUCGCAGCAAGGGAGAGUUGCACACACACAAGGGGACACUUGAGGCGGAGAAGAAGGAGAUGGAGGUUGAGAGGGGUGGUGGUAUGAGAUCCGGGAGUGGGGAUGGCAAGAGUGCGGUUGGUGGCAAGGUGAGGAAGAGGGAGGGGCUUGCGCGGCAGUGCAAGGGAAAGAGAGGAGGAGAGCAGAGCAAAUUAGAGGAAGGUAGAGAAGGAGGAGGAGGGAGAGAAGGUGUUUUAAAGGCCGUCACGCAUGCAACAAGCAGCAAUCCGCCUUCCACCCCCAAUGCCACGUUGAAAUCACCUGCUCUAUUGAAAUCACCUGAUCUGCUGAAAACACCUGAUCUGCCGAAACCACCUGCUGCGCAUCUCACCACACCCGUGGCCUCACGUGCCCUUGGCAUGCCAGCAGCGGGCACACCUCCCUUCUGUGUUAGUGCUGUUGCUGUUGGUGCCCCUGCCACCCCUGCCGCGAUGCCUGCAACUCCCGUGGUGGCUGGGGAGAAUCUGCGAGGGCAGCGGGGGCAGCGGGGGCAACUGCCACGCCAACUGGCAAAGGCAGCUAUUGAAGCGCUCCAAGACAGGCGAGGAGAAGGAGGGACGGUUGAUGGUGGGAGGAGCAGUGAGGAGGUGGAGGAGGUGGAGGAGGAGGAUGUGGAGGAGGAGGAGGUGGAGGAGGUGCGAGAGGAGGGUGUGGGGGAGGAGAUGGCAGGUGAGGGAGUGGUGGUGGUGGUGGGAAGUGAGGAUGAGGUAGAGGAGGUGGUGGGGGAGGGGGAGAUAGGUUGCAGGGUAAGAGGUGGAGUGGCAGAGAAAAGUGCGAGAAAGGGAGAGAAGAUGGGGUUGGAGGAGAUGGAAGGGAGGAAGCUUAUCAAGAGAAAUGAUGAGACGUACGAUGUUAUUGAUGGUGACAGUGGUGGUGAUGAUGAUGCUGGGGAUGGAAGCGAUGAUGCAGAUGCUUAUGAUGAUGAAGGUGAUGAUGAUGUGGUGGAGGUGGUGGGGGAGGAGGAGUGUGUGAGCAUAGUUCGGCAGGGAGCAGCAGCAGCAGCAGCAGCCACAGCCACAGUGACCUCGCCAUCUGCUCUCACCACUGCAGCAGGCCGAGCCAGUGUUAUUGGACACGGACAUGGCUCAGCAGGGCUUACAGAAAAGGCACAUGCAAGAGCACAUGUGAGCUCACAUACAGGUCUUACUGAGGCGUAUAUGGCAGCACACACACGAGCACAUGCACCCCAUGCCCCAGUAACUCCUGCGAAUGCUGGUAACCGUGUUACCUCAUCAGCGCGGGUAACCAGCACUCCAUCAGGCCAGCUGUUGUGCUCGGAGCAGCACAUAGGCGGAGUGAAGCGGCAACGUUUCUUCGGCUCCUGGCACCGCCAGGACCCUCUCUUCCAAGACACUCACACCCACACAGGGAGAGAGGGCCUUGCGGGGAUGGAGGGCGUUGCAGCGCCAAGGAUAGUCCACCACGCCAGCUCUGGUGCUGUUGAGGUGAACGAGCAGUAUAGGUUGUCGACUGGAUCGCUCUAUAGCGAGGAUACAGCGGGUUUGGUGCAUGGGAAGGGGAGAGGGGGCAGGGGAGUGGAGGCUGUGGCAGAGGCUGCGUAUGGGGGGGUGCUGGAUGCACUGUGGGUGCAGGGAGGAGGGGAGGGGAUCACGUGGGAUAAGGAGGUUCUGCUUACAGACCUGCGCAGGGCUUUAACACCGCUGGCAGCAGCAUCAGCACCAGCAUCAGUCUCAGUAUCAGCAUCAGCAUCAGCAAACCCAACAUCCUCCCUUUGCGUCCGCCCGAAACCUCCUUCGCACUCUCUCACCACCACCGCAUUCCGCUCGCUCUCCACCACCUCCGCCACCGCUACCACAGCAGCAACGGCAGCCAAAUCCAGCCGUCUGCUGUACACGUUCCGUCCGUCCUCGCCCCCUAGGCAGCGCUCCCCUCCCCGCCUUCCCACGGCUGCUGCUGCUGCUCUGUACAGCGCAGGGCAUGCCCUGGACGGCUCCCCUCGUCUCCGAUCAGCAGCUGCUGCCUCUGCUGCCGGCCGCAGCCUGUUCCUGGGACAGAGGAGCUUGAUCCUGGGUCAGCCUGGGAGAAGAUCUCCACCCACGUUGGACUUUAGAAGGCUUCGAAUUGCAAACGAGGCGGGACCAGCAGAGAGCGCGACAUCGGACGGCAAUGGCACUGCGGUGAGCCCCGCUGCGUCCUCCGAGGACACCAUUCAGGCGCUCCAGGCGUCCCUCGCCGCCGCAGAGGAGGCCGCAGCCAGCGCGCUGCAAGCCAAGGAGCUCGCUCUAGAGGCAGUAACCGUGGCAGAAUCGAAGGUCGAAGCCAUGUCCGCUCAGAUGGUCCUGACUACCGAAGAGGCGGUUAACGAAGUAGAGGCGGCUAAGGAGAAGUUCAAAGAGGAGGUGGCGAGGCUGCAGCGGGAGAAGGAGGAGGUGGAGCAGCAGCUGGCGCAGGCGAAGCAGGAGGGGAUUGAUCUCGCGAUGAAGGUGGAGCAGAUGGCGGCGCUGGCCGUGCAGGAGCAGACCCAGGCUGUGGCGGAAGACGCGCGGCUUAAGAUCGCGGCGGCUAAGGCGGAGGCGGCGGAUCUGGCCGCGCAGAUGGAGGAGAGGAUCAGGCUUGCUGCGGAUGAGGCCGCUGCUGCUGUGAUCGAGGAGGCGAAGGCAACCAUAGAGGACGCGAUAGCAGCGGCGGACAUAGCCAAGGAGCAGGCGCGGUCGGCAGAGGCGGCGCUGCAGGAGCGGCUGGACGUGCUGGACCGCCUGGGGCACGCGGAGGUGGAGCUCAUGCGCUCCGAGGAGCAGCGCUCGGCGCUGCAGCUGAAGCUGGAGCAGGCGGAGAGCGAGAAGGAGACUCUGCGCAUGGAGAUCAAGGCGGCCAUAGCGCGUGCGGAAGCAGCGGAGUCGCGCAUAGUGUCGACGCAGGCAGCAGUGGCGGAGAUCCAGGCGCUGGCGGAGAGGACGGCCAAGGAGAGAGAGGAGGGCACUGAGAGGGCGCUGGAGGCCAUGCGGCUGGCCGCAGAGGGCAGGGAGAAGGCGGCAGCGCUGGCGUACAAGGCGGAGACGGAGAGUCUGAGGGCGGCAGCCAUGGCGGCACAGAAGGCGGACAAGGUCAAGGACCAGGCCGUGGCCCGCCGCUUUGCCGCGCUGCAGAGGAGCCUGGCGGCGGCGGAGGAGAGCACGAGGAAGUGGAGGGAGCGGUGCCUGGCAGUGGAGGAGCUGUUUGCUCUGGUGAGUCUUGCCUACAUGACCUGCUCUUCCCAGCGUGCCUUCCGCACGCCGCUUUGCCGCGCUGCAGAGGAGCCUGGCGGCGGCGGAGGAGAGCACGAGGAAGUGGAGGGAACGGUGCCUGGCAGUGGAGGAGCUGUUUGCUCUGCCAAAUCAUGUGGGUUUGAUGCGAUGCAGGACUCCUUCGCUGCUGCUGCUGACAGCCCAGGCCCAAGGGGCUCAAAGCGUUCCAAUACCACACCCACCUUGCCCUUCCCCCUGUUCUCCCUUCCCCUCGCCCCCUCUCAGGCUAAAUCGCGUGGGAUGGAUGCUGUAAAGAAUACCACCUCCUCGCCUGCUGCUGCCGCUGCUGUUCCUGCUGCUGCUGCGGCUGCACCUGUGGAGGCGGAGGUGGGGGAGGAGGUGGGGGAGGCGGUGGGGCGAGGGCGCAUGGACGUGAUGCUGGGGACGCAGUCGGAGAAGUGGCGCAUUCUGGCGGACGGGCCCAGGAGGGAGCGCUCCGAGUGGCUGCAGCGCAAGACGCUCACCACCACGCCGCUGCCGUCACUGCCCGUCUCUGUGGGGCUGGAGAAUGUUCAGGCGGCCGUACCGCUGCAGCUGCCCACCCCUGACGAUGUGUGGUCCAUCGCCCUGCACAAGGUGGCGGACGACAAGUUCACCAAGGAGGCGGAGGCACGCGAGGCGGAGGCGAAGGAGAUCGAGGAGAAGCGCAAGGAGCUGGAGCGCGCCCUGCAGCGCAAGGCACCCAAACGCAUCCGCUCGCCCGAGGAGCUGGAGGAGAGCAAAGAGUCUGGCACAGGAAGCGGCCGCGAGGUUGUGAUCCAGGCAUUCAACUGGGAGAGCAACAAGCGUGACUGGUACCUGGAGCUCGCCCCCAGAGCCGCUGACCUGGCUGCUUGCGGCGUUACGGCCGUGUGGCUGCCUCCUCCCACUGAGUCGGUGUCGCCCCAAGGGUACAUGCCGGUGGACCUGUACAACCUCAACUCGUGCUACGGCACCAAGGAGCAGCUGCAGUACUGCAUCGACGAGCUGCACAACCACGACCUCCUCGUGCUGGGAGACGUGGUGCUGAACCACCGCUGUGCGUCCAAGCAGAGCCCAGAGGGCAUUUGGAACAUCUUUGGCGGCAAGCUGGCGUGGGGCCCGGAUGCCAUUGUCCGGGACGACCCCAACUUCAACGGCCGCGGCAACCCCAGCAGUGGCGACAUAUUCCACGCGGCGCCCAACAUCGAUCACUCGCAGGACUUCGUGCGGAAGGACAUCUGCGAGUGGCUGCGCUGGCUGCGCGCCGAUGUUGGCUACGAUGGCUGGCGCCUGGACUUCGCCCGUGGGUUCUGGGGCGGGUAUGUGAAGGAGUACAUUGAGGCGUCGAGCCCCGCGUUCUGCAUCGGGGAGUACUGGGACAGCCUCAGCUACGAGGGCGGCACCGUCUCCUACAACCAGAAUGCGCACAGGCAGCGCAUCAUCAACUGGAUCAACGCCACUGGAGGCACCUCCUCUGCCUUUGACGUCACCACCAAGGGCAUUCUGCACGCAGCACUGCACAACGAGUAUUGGCGGCUGAUCGACCCACAGGGCAAGCCCCCGGGCGUCAUGGGGUGGUGGCCGUCUCGAGCCGUCACCUUCCUUGAGAACCACGACACUGGUUCCACUCAGGGCCACUGGCCGUUUCCACGUGAAAAGCUCCUGCAGGGAUACGCCUACAUCCUCUCCCAUCCUGGCACGCCGGUGGUGUUCUAUGACCACCUGUACGAGUUCGGCAUCCACGAUCAGAUCGCCGAGCUGAUCGCCGCCCGGAAGCACGCGGGUGUGCACUGCCGGUCGCCAGUGAAGAUCUUCCAUGCAGUGGCGCAGGGGUAUGUGGCGCAGGUUGGGGAUAACCUGGUGGUGAAGCUGGGCCACUUUGACUGGAACCCGUCCCGGCAGAACGAUCUGAUGGGACGGUGGGAGAAGUUUGUCGACAAGGGGAAUGAUUACAUUCUCUGGGAGAAAACGGAUCGCGUUGCAGCAGAUUUGGAGUUCCAACAACCAUCCUUGCCCAUGGUGUCACUUAUUGAGAAGACUGAGAAUGGUCGAGGUUCCUUACCAACCGAAAGCACCCCUUUGUUGCCAGCUAAGGCACAAGAUAUCCCAAGUCACGCCUCGCUUGACCAGAAUGGAGAAUCUGAAGGGAUUUCUCAUGGACAUCCCGGAAGCACCCUGGGAUCUGCCAUAUUCAACCUCUCCAAUACCAUCAUUGGUGCCGGAAUCAUGGGACUUCCAGCAACCAUAAAGGUACUGGGAAUUCCUCUUGGUCUGACAGUGCUGGCCAUAAUGGGAGUAGUGAAUGAAUACUCACUUCAGCGGAUUCUCAGAAGCACAACUGCAGCUAAAGCGUGGUCCUUUGGCGAUCUCAUGGCUACUACGUAUGGAAGAGUUGGAAGAUUUUUGCUCCGAACGAGCAUCUUUGUCAAUAACACUGGCAUCCUCGUCAUCUACCUUGUCAUCAUAGGGGAUGUGCUGUCUGGUUCGGACGGCGCAGAUGGAGAGCAUUACUCAGGGUUACUCGAGGAGUGGGCUGGAGGUCCCGCGUGGUGGAACAGCCGUCUCACCGUGCUCCUCACCUCCAUUGUCACUGCUAUUGGGCCUCUUUCCGCCCUUCCAGACAUAGAUUCCCUCUGGUUCACAUCAGGACUGUCAGUCCUGCUAGCAGUUGCUUUUGUCAUCAUCACCAUCCUCGUUACUUUGUACAAGCUUGUUGAAGGGACCAUUGAUUGGUCUGGAGUGCACUGGCUUCCUCAGCUGAACACUUCGCAGGACUACUGGCACCUCCUCUCUGUCAUCCCCACCAUGGCGACUGCCUUCACGUGCCAUUACAACAUGCAUCCUAUUCUGGUGGAGCUCAAGGCACCUCGAGAAGAAAAGAUGCAGACUGCAAUACGAAAGACAUUCCUUGUUUGCACAAGUAUAUACACUGUGACAGCUCUUUUUGGCUACCUCCUUUUCGGUGAAGCGACCUAUGCUGACGUCCUUGCAAACUUCGACUCUGAUCUUGGGAUUCCUGGAAGCCGCUACUUGAAUGACAUUGUCCGGCUAUUCUAUGCGCUUCACCUGAUGCUGGUUUUCCCUGUGAUUCACUUCUCGCUCCGAUCCACAGUUGGAUUCGUGCUGUUUCCACAUUCAGUCCCUCUCAAGCAUGAUCCUUGUGGAUAUAUCUUCACCACAGUUCUGCUGCUAGGGGCCAUUCUCGUAGCUUCUCUUUAUGUCCCUGGCAUUCAGUCAGCAUUUGAGCUAGCAGGGUCAACAGGAGCAGCCACCAUUGCUUUCUGUCUCCCUGGGAUGGUGGCACUGAGGUAUGUCUUGAUGAUUUCCACAUUCCACACUGCUGCCAUUUCUGACUCUCUUUUGGCUGAUGCAACAUCUUGUGUUGUUGGUGCAGUGAGAGAGCCGGGGGCUUGA